AUGUCUUAAUCUAAUCAGCCUGCUACUGAAACAAACUCCUAAGUUGUUAUGGUAGGAGUUGAAUAAAACAGACCAAUGGUAGCCAAAAAAGAUGAACAAAUAUUGUCAACACCAAUAAGCUCUACAAUGCGCUACCAUGUAAUUGGCUAUAUUCUCUUCGGUGCCUCUAAUACACUUGUUUAUAAGUAUUAAAAUACUACAAUAAUUGAUGGUGUAGCUUUUAAUCAUCCUUUCAUUCAAUGUAUAAUAAUGUUUUUAGGUAUGCAUAUGCCUCUAUACUGGUAUAUAUACAAGUCUAAGACAAAUACUUUAAACAUGGAAAUAGAUCCUACUAAGAAAUCAAUGAAGUAAUUCAAAGACUACCUCCAAGUAUGGAUUCCUGCAAUCUGUGAUUUCAUAUCGUCAACUCUUAAUUUUACUGCUCUGAAUUUUAUAGAUAGUAGUGUUUAUUAAAUGUUAAGAGGAGGAACAAUUAUCUUCACUAGUAUAUUCUCCAAGUGGAUGUUCAGAAAGAAAUUCCUUGCUUACAGGUAUGUUGGAAUAGGCUAAGUGGUUGUAGGAUUGGUUAUUGUAGGUAUGUCUAAUUUCUUCUUCUUUGACUCUGAAGACACUCACAACGACUCUUCUCACAAACUUAUGGCAAUAAUUCUACUCUUAAUUUCUAUGGUUUUCAACGGUCUGCAAUACUCCUACGAAGAGUUGAUAUAUUCACGUUAUAACAUUCACCCUACUAAAUUAGUCGGAUUGGAAGGAUUGUAUGGUCUCAUUAUUUAUGCUAUACUCCUACCUAUUUUUAACUCUACUGACUGCCCUUUCCCUAAUAAUAGAGGUUGCACAGAAAUUAGAACCAUAGGUAGCGAUGGAUUAGUUUCUACAACUUACAAAAUGGAAAGCGUUUCUUUAUUUUUUAGUUAAAUUGGCUAGGACAGUGCUUUGCUAGCCUUUGUUAUUAUUGGUUUCUUUACAAUUGCUUUUUAUAAUGUUAAUGGUUUGUCAACCACUAAAUUUUUCAGUGGUUUAACUCGCUCAAUAAUAGAUUAAAUUAGAACCAUUUUUAUUUGGAUUGUCGGACUAGCUGUCACUUUUACAGGAGCUCGUGAAUGGGAAACUCUAGAUUAUCGUGCCAACAUUUUAAAAAUAUUUGGAUUCUUCUUUAUUGUUGCCGGUAACUUGGUCUACAAUGGAUUAAUUAAAUUGCCAUAUUUACCAAGAGAAAAUGAUUAAGAAAGAAAAUUCAAAUUAAGUGCAGACAAUAUUGAGAGCGAUAGCUUCCAUAAUUAAUUUUAAGCUCCCGAUUUGGCCCGCUUAAGCACAUUACAAUUGAGAUAAAGAAAUUCUUAGUUACUUAGCUAAUAACCACAAUAAAUUUAACAAAUCCAUUAGUAAUUCCUACAAUUUCAAAUGAAAAAAAUGUACUAAACUGGAAUUCAAAAAACUAGUUCAGAGCUUAAAGAUUUAAAUCAAAAUUAAGAAAGUGACUAAAAUAAUAAAUUAGUUAAAUAAUUAAGCAAUGAAUACGCAUAAUAGUAAUAAACUGAACAACAAUUGCCUUAACUUACAGAAUAGUAACUUGAAUUACAAUAAUAAACACAAUCAAAUUAAUAAACCAUAUAAAUCCAAAUCUAAAGCUCAGCAAAUUGA